UGUGUGACUCUGAUAGCGAUGUUGAGAUUUUGGAUUUUGAAUAAGGGCUUCAACUUUAAUAGAACACAAUUGAAAAUUUAGAAAAAGAACUUUAAGUAGAGGAUUUAAUUAUUUAAGAUUGUGAUUACUAAUAGUUCAUAUUACUAAUUAUAAAUAUAAGAGUUAUUGUCUGAAAAGAAUUAAAUUAAAAUAAGAGUAAAAGAAUUAGAAGUUUAGAAUAAAUAGCUAGAAAAUAAUCUUUAAAUAUAAAAUUAGAAUCAUUAAAGAACUAUAGAAGAAUUAAACUUAGAAUAAUAAAAGAAUGAAGAGAAACUCAGAAAACAUUUAGAAAAUUAAAUGGAUUAAUAAAAAUAAGAAUUCGAAAAAAUUUUACAAAAAUAGAGUGAAUAAAUUAAUGAUUAUGUCAAGUAGUUAGAGAAGGAAGAAGAAGAAAACAUUAUUAUAUAAAAUAAGUUAAUAGCUACUGAAUUACUUAAUUGUAAAUUAUAAUCAAGUCUCAAUGAAUUGUAAAUUGAUAUUAAAACAAAAGCUGAAACUAGAAAAUGUGUUUAAUAAUUUAAUGAAAAAUUAAUGGGUGAAAAUAUUAAUAAUCUAAAUAAGAUUGAAUCACUUAGUAUGUAAGUUGAUGGACUUGAAGAAAAAUUAUUAAAAUUAACAUAAUAACGAGAUCAUUUUAAAAAAUAAUUUGUAGAUAUUUCAUAGAAAAUCUUAUAAUCUCAAUAAGAAGUUUCUAAUUCUAAUAAUAGUACAAAUUAAUAUCAAUAUUAUAUAGUUAAAUUAGAACUUAAAAAUAAAUAUGAAGCCUGUUAAGAAUAAAUGA